AUGGAAAAAUUGGAUGUACCUUACGUUACCGGACACCAUCUUGCUGGAACCGUAAAGCUUCCAUGCAAUGGAGGAUUUCUACUCGACCACUAUAAGGAAUCAUUCGGUGUGGAUAUACAUCAUCGUAUGUCUCCUAUCGUCAUGGACCGAUGUCAACCUCAUGCGAUGGAAUAUAUAUGGUUCCGCCAUGAGAUGGAAAAAUUGAUGAAGAAGAAGACAUUUUAA